AUUGACAACACAGUGUCUAUGUCUAAAGAAAUAAAAAGUGUAAGGGGUUGUGCCGAUGCAAUCUUCAAUACUGUAGUCAGUUCCAAUGAAUCUGGGAUUGUAGACUUUGUUAUUGUGACAUUUAAUGAUCCAGGUUUCGAAUUGCGUGUUAUUACAAAUAAUAAAGAAGAAUUCAACAGUUCGCUAUUCAAUAUUAAAGCAGGUGGUGGUGGUGAUUGUCCUGAAAAUGCAAUGUCAGGAAUUGAACUGGGCCUUAAAUCUAGUCGGCCCUUUUCACAUUUAUUUGUUUUUACUGACGCUACUGCAAAAGAUAUGGAAAAAUACGAAGUUGUAAAAAAUUUAGCAUUGAAUUUAAACAUAAAGAUAAAUUUCAUAGUAACGGAAUAUCAACCGUGUUAUACGGAUUAUUCCGUUUUCUCACCGUAUGAGACAUUAGCUACAAAGACUGGUGGUGAAUUUUUUGUAAUGAAAAAACAUAAAAUACCUGAAAUUAUUGAAUACGUUAAAAGGUUGAUAGAAAGUAAUAAAGUUGUAAUACUGAGUAAGCGCUUCAGACCGGAAGAAGAAAAGAAAGUUGAUGUGACGCUGGAUUCAGGUAUCAAAGACGCACUCGUUGCUGUGACUGGUGGUGAUAACUCAACGAUACAUGUCAAAGACAAGUUUAAUGCUACAGUUCCCGUGAAAGGCAUUGCAGAUACAAAAAAAUCUAAAAUAGUUGCCUGGAAUAAUACAGAACCAGGAGAUUACCACAUUGAAUUAAAUAAAACAGAUAACAAGACGAAUACAUUACUGAUAAUACAUGGAACAAGUAAAAUUACCUUUAGUUAUGGAUUCUCUGCUCUCAAGCCUGAAUAUAUGAACGAAACAACAAAUCGACCAGUUCCAGGUAAAUUGAGUUUACAAUGA